AUGGAUCUCGAUGAGCUUGUCACCGACAAGCAGCAAGCAGUCGGCUUGACCGCACACCAAGAUGCCCGCACCCUCAUUCGCCUGAUCCAAUGCCCGCAAUGCUCAAAACCGUACACCAACCCCGUUACGCUCCCUUGCGGCAACUCGCUAUGCCGCACGUGUCUGCCUGAGACCUACCGCCGUGAGGGUGUGUCCUACCCUGACACUCCCGGAAGGCGAAACGGCUUCGUCUGUCCUUACCUGGACUGCUCCGAAGAGCAUGUGCUUGCAGACUGCAGCGUCGACGUAACCCUCUCGAAGCUCAUGGAAGCCAUCGCCGACCUCGUCCGAAGCCAUAAAACUCUCGCCACAACGCAAACUUAUGUAGAAGAGGUGGUCAAACAUGAUGAGGUCUGGGUCCCCGUAGGAAACAAGGAGAAUCCGCGAUGCUGGACUAUGCCUGGAGCCCGCCUGAUUGCGACAUACAACUUGGCAAGCAUGGGAAUCGUCGAAUACAAGACAGAAGUCUCAUAUCAGGACUUGUCCGACUUGGCCGAAAAGACGGAUGAAGAGCUUCUGGGGGAGCUGCUCGACACGGCACAGAAGGAAGUCGACUGCCAGGUCUGCUACAACAUCAUGCUUGAUCCUGUCACGACGGCUUGCGGCCAUACCCUCUGUCGUAAAUGCCUGGCUCGUACGCUCGACCAUUCGACACACUGCCCGGUUUGUCGCCGUUCUGUCAUCACCCCACCCUCACUGUACAAGUAUCCGAGCAACAAAACUCUGGUUAAUCUUCUGCAAGGUCUGGUUCCUGACAUGGUUUCUGCACGUGCCGAAGCUGCUGCACUAGAAGACACUAUUGCCCUUCCUGAUCUGGAUACACCAAUAUUCGUCUGUACUCUUGGUUUUCCUGGAUGUCCCACUUUCCUGCGCGUUUUCGAGCCCAGAUACCGUCUCAUGAUUAGACGCGCCAUGGAAGGAAACCGGCAAUUCGGCAUGGUCACUUAUAACCGCCAUGGCUUGCCUCAAGAAGGUUUGGGCAAUACACAAUUCCUCGCCUAUGGAGUUAUGCUUCAUAUUGACAAUGUGCAAAUGCUUCCGGACGGCCAGAGCAUUGUCGAAACCAGAGGCAUGUACCGUUUCCGAGUGAAACAGUAUGGCACUUUGGACGGUUACACCGUGGGUAGAGUCGAGCGUGUCGAGGAUGUAUCCUUACAAGAGGAAGAACGCCUAGAGGCCGAAGAAACUUCACAGCCUCCUGCCGCCGAGGGAGAUAUCGAGGGUCAAGUCAGCAGGAUGUCGACUCGCGAACUCCUCAUGCUCGGACUAGACUUCAUCCUUGUCAUGCAAGGCCGUAGCGCACAUUGGUUGCACCAACGUAUUCUGGAAGCUUAUGGUGGCCCGCCGGACGACGCCGCUCUGUUUCCCUUCUGGUUCGCCAGCAUCCUUCCCAUCAGCGAGGAUUGGAAAUAUCAAUUGAUGCAAACCACAAGCGUACGACAAAGACUCAAGAUCACCGCUCUCUGGGUAAAGCACAUGCAAACACAACGAUGGUACCAGAGCAACGCAUGCACAGUCUUAUGA